AUGAGGAUGAUGAUGAUGAUGACUUCCUCAGAGAAGAUGAAGAAGAAGCCUCCGAAGGACAGUCUGACUCUGCUGCCAUGUUUCUACUUUGUGGAGUUGCCCAUCGUGGCGUCUUCCAUGGUGUCGCUGUACUUCCUGGAGCUGACCGACGUGGUACAGCCCGCUCAGAUGGGUUUCCGCUGCCACGACCGAGACCUCAGCAUGCCGUACGUGGACGGAGGAGACGAGCUGAUCCCGCUGCUGAUGCUUCUUAGCCUCGCCUUCGCCGGCCCCGCUGCCUCGAUCAUGCUGGUUGAAGGAGUGAUUUACUGCCUGCAGUCUAGACUGAAGCUCCGCAGAGCUGAAGGAAGCAUCAACGCAGGAGGCUGCAGCUUCAACUCCUUCCUGAGGAGAACGGUCCGCUUCGUAGGUGUGCAUGUGUUCGGCCUGUGUGCGACGGCGUUGCUCACUGACAUCAUCCAGCUGUCGACAGGUUACCAUGCCCCAUUCUUCCUCACCGUCUGUAAACCCAACUACACGCUGGCUGGUGUGUCAUGUGAUAAAAACGCUUACAUCACUAAAGACAUCUGCUCGGGACACGACCAACACGCCAUCAUGGCUGCCAGGAAGACAUUUCCUUCCCAGCAUGCAACUCUGUCUGCCUUCGCUGCAGUUUAUGUUUCUAUGUACUUUAACUCCACCAUCUCUGACAGCACCAAGCUGCUAAAGCCUGUCCUCGUGUUUGCAUUCGCUAUUGCGGCGGCGCUGACUGGUCUGACUCAGAUCACGCAGCAUCGCAGCCAUCCCAUCGACGUCUACGUGGGCUUCCUCAUUGGAGCCUUCAUUGCUGCUUACCUGGCACUUCACGCUGUCGCCAACUUUAAGUCCUCUGAUGACAUCACACCAGCUCCGCCCCCCCCACCACCAAAGGAGGACCCUCUCCGAGCACUAACGGAGCGAGGACACGAGUCCGUCUACAACAAAGGCCCCGCCUCUGCGUCUGAGAGUAACGAUGAGAUUGCGGUGGCUCCUGCCCCCAUGGACCGGCUGGAGGGCCUCGGGCCCCUGCAGAGGGAGAAGGGCUCCAUGGGCAGCCUGAAGAGGGCCAGUGUGGACGUGGAGCUGCUGGCACCUCGGAGUCCAAUGGGGAAGGAGACCAUGCUGACCUUCAGUAACACACUGCCGAGGGCCAGCAUGAAUGUUAACGGGGUGCUGGGGGCCAACGAAGGGCCAGAGGAACAGGUGCAGCCGGUGCAGCCAGUGCAGCCGGUGCAGCGGCGGCUGAAGGCUGUGCAGGUUCCCAUGGACCCCAUGCGGUCACAGCAGCUGGUGUCUGAGUGGAAGCAGAAGUCGAUGGAGAUGCGGAACCUGAGCGUCCGGGAUGAGGUGGAACACGAAGCCAGCGAGGAUGGCUCUGAGGUGGGCUCUGUGGGUACUGACGAUGGGGGGUCCCAGGUCCCCAUCUACCAACCCACAGUGCCGUCUGGGAGGGCCAACUCCAGUCGCAACCCCACUCCACCCCCAGGGGGUGCCAAAGCUGUGGCGACUCCCAGACCACCACAGAUCCCUGAAGCAGGACCCCCGCCGGUGUCCCCAAAGAGUGCCCUCACCCGUGCCAAAUGGCUCGCCAUCCGGGAGAAGACGGGCGUAGAGGCGUCGGCCCGCGGCGCCGCCAACCAGCCACGACUGAUGCAGGUGAUCGCCAUGUCAAAGCAGCAGGGCCUCCUACCCUCCUCCUCCUCUGGGGAGAAAUCCUCUGAGACCACAUCCACCUGCUCUGGCACCUCAUCCACUGCUGACUCACCACACUACCGCUCGUCCUCAGAUCAUCAGCGCGAAGGUUCUGGUAUCAUCACGGUGGACGCCCACGCCCCCCACCAUCCUGUUGUCCAAGCCCCACCUCCUCCGCAGGCCCCGCCCCUCUCAGGUAACAGUAACCCGUGGGAAUGGGCAGUGGCGUCCAAUGGGGGCGACCCACGAGACACCUACGACCUUAACAACUUAAAUCGAGGAGACUCAGCUGCCCGUGGCAGCAGCUUCCGUCCACGCCGGUCUGCCUCGCCGUGCACUGCCGUUGACCCAGCUCUGCCCUCUCCUCAGAUGGAGAUGUCUGCUGAUGCUCAGCGCAGGGAGAUGGCCAUGAGACGCAAAACGGCACUGGUUCUGUUGGAUCGAGAGAUUCGUAACCAGACUGAGCAGGAGAACUAUUACAAGAGUCUGCAGGGACGCAGGUUCAAGGACUAG